AUGGCUCCAAAACCAAAGCUGUCAUUCGAUCGCGAGCUAGACUCCCUCCUUCCAGAUUAUAAUGACUUAAUCCAGUUACCCGAAGUCAAUGAUAUACUACCUCCGGGAGUCACUCACGAAGAACACACUUUCCUCGGCCCUGACAAGAACCCGCUGAUCCUCUCAAUCUUCCGCAAGGAGAGUCCGCCAGACUCUUUUCCACAGAAACGACCAGCCAUCUACCAUAUCCAUGGUGGAGGCAUGAUCAUGGGCAACCGCUUCUGCACACUAAGCGGCCCGCUCGAAUUCGUUCGCGAACAUGACGCUAUCUGCACCACGAUCGAAUACCGCCUUGCGCCUAAACAUCCCUACCCUGCACCGAUCGAAGGUUGCUACGCUGGCCUGGUCUGGGUACAUGAGCACGCAGAGGAACUCGGAAUCGACUCGACUCGUAUUGUAAUCAAUGGACUCUCAGCAGGAGGUGGCCUGGCAGCAGGUGUUGCGCUGCUGUGUCGGGACCGGAAAGGCCCUCCUUUGAUCGGACAAUCGCUGUUCUCGCCUAUGAUCGAUGACUGUAAUGACUCAGUUUCGGCGCAUGAGUUUACUGGAACGGGGAUCUGGGACCGCAAUGCCAAUAUGGCAGGUUGGAAUGCGUAUCUAGGUGACCGCAGAGGAAGUUACAAUGUCAAUGUGUAUGCAGCUCCUAUUAGGGCAAAGAAUCUUACAGGCCUUCCGCCGGCGUAUAUCGAUGUCGGAUCGACAGAGACAUUUCGCGACGAAGAUGUCCAGUAUGCGCAGAACAUGUGGCGUGACGGCACUCAGUGUGAACUGCAUGUUUGGCCUGGUGCAUAUCAUGGAUUCGAGGGACUGUGCCCGAGAGCGCAGUUGUCUAUUAUGGCGAGGAAAGCGAGGUUGGAUUGGCUACGGCGAAGUCUCUUCUGUUGA